AUGACCACGGAUUUAAUUUUAUCGGCCUCCAUGGCCCAACCAUCCCCCGCUCCAUCGACUUCAUCCCGAGCUCAGUCAAAGUCGAGAUCGAGAUCUCGACCAGCACGGCGCCGGCGAGACUCUUCCCCACCACCAUCCUCUUCCCCACCAGGCCUACCAACACCAGCAUUCUCACCAGAUGGUCAAAGCGAUAUCGACGAUGUCAUCGAAGAGUCCACACUUUCACCAUUCGAUGCCCGCAGAAUUACACCCACCCUCCACGCAUCCCUCGUAUCCGAAAUUCUUUCCCUACGACGGGAUAUCGAACAUAAGACCAAAGCGAUCGAUUCGCUGGAAGAUAGCUUGGAUGAAUCACGAACAGAAUGCGAGACACUCAGCGAGAACUUGUCUAAAUCGAACGCUGAGACACGAUCUUUGCAACAUCAAAUUCAGCUUUUGGAGGGCGGAUCGUCAUCUGCGAUAACGGAACUGGCUCGUGAGCGGGAUGAUGCGGUCGAGAACAUUAACGAUGUUCGUAAGAAACUCGAUCAUGCACAAAAGAAGGCCCGUCAUCGAGAAGAGGAGGUUGAACGGACACAGAUGCUUUGGGAUCGUGAUAGAGAGACAUGGGAAAAUGAACGACGAAAUAUGGAGCGCAAGAUUCAUGUUGUGGAAGGCCGCUUGAAGACGGUGCUUAAUGAGGUUGCAGCUGCCCACGAGGCGGGAGCACUCCGUUCCCAACAUAGCGAAAAUGAUCUAUCGACUAAGUCCAAGGUCAAGGAAAGCGACACGACCAGUGUGGCUUCAAGUAGCCAGGGUCGCCGACGUAGGAGCAUGACCAGUGUGACAUCCGAUGAGGGCGGAAAUGAAGCCGCUUUUCACAAUGUUCGAUACUCGGUCCUCAGUAUGGCUCCUGGUAAGGGGGAUUCAGGCUUGAACCUGGCUCAAGAAUUGGAAUUCGAUGAGGAAGAUGACUUUGCUGCGUCCGAAGAUGAGGCCCCCGACUCCCCCGAAGCGCUUCCAGAGGAACGGCCGAUGUCCGUCAAUUCGCAGGCGUCUCAUUCGAUAGCAUCAAAGGCCCGAAAGAUUUUGGGUCUUUCCAUGCAAAGUACCGGGUCAAUCACGGCCGCCGACUACCGUGCUCUGGAUCCGCUUAGUCCUACUAAGUUGUCCGAGCACCAGUCUUCUGGGGACUACUGUGACAUGGGUACUCAAUACUCACCUCCGCCAUCGCCCGAAAUUCCAGCCUCAAUAGUAUCUCACAAUGACCUCUCUCUGGUGGACAAAGAAUCUAAUGCCGGCCAUGAAUUUGAUGAGAACCAAGUUGCCCCCGAGAUGAAGGAUUCUGCUACACUCACACUUGCAACUGAGAUGAUUUCCUCUUCUUGUCAAACCGUCAGUGAACUUCCUAGCCCUCCAUGGACGCCAAAGAUCUCGGAGCCACCAGUUCAAUCCAUUGAAGCGGCCUCGGAGCCAGUCCAGAUGGCAUCGGUAUCUACCCAGACCGAUUUGCCUCCUCUUCCAGAGCCUGUGGAGAGCGAGAAGGCAACCUUGUCUCCAAAAGAUAUCCCAGCGCAAAUUGAUGUCCCAAUGAUAGCUAUUCACCCGCCUGGGUCGGAACCACCGUCACCCCGGAACAGUGUUGUUCUCCCUCCGCAGACUAAGAAUGUAUCUGUUCAGGCCAAUUUCAGGUCGGUCGUUGAGAGCCGAUCUAUUGCCAUGCAGACGGAAGAAAUCCGAAUCGAUCAACGGCCUGUCAAACUUCCAGCCAGUUUAUUGCCCUCUGCUAUUCCUGAUCUACCAACCACCUCCGAACUUCAAGAGUCUAAUGCCGAAUCUUACCGCGCGCCUGUUCCUCCUCCUCGUUCGGCCAAGAGAGUCCAACGACCUUUGCCACAUGAGCGCCCGGUGAAACCCCCUCGCGCACAGGCUUCGGAGCCACUGCAGGCUUACCAGGCAUACCCUGGCAAUAAUGAUAAUGGACCUCUAUCGAGCGAACUUGCAUCUGGAUUAAGACGGCCGUUCCGGUCUAGCAGCCUUUUCGCGGGCUUCGAACAGCUGAGCGAUGAUGAAGGUCCCUAUGCGGAGGAGAGGGACGUUUUUACUGAUGACGAGCUUCUUAACCGGCCGUUUGCUUCUUACACCAUCCGGCGCGGCAAGUUGGUCAGUGCGAAAUCAAGAACGAGCUUGGAUGAAAUGCAUCUACCCGAAAUCGAUGAACACCUAUCUGACCCCGAAUCCCGACCUUCCGUCGAUGUUGGGCGUGCCUCCUCUCCCUCUCGCGCAACUCACCGGUCUGGCACGACAACCUCCAGUGGCCGACAACCUGCCAGUGGCAUGCGCAAAAUCGCCAUGAUAUCUAGCGGCGCAGCAGCAUAUCAAAAAUCCCGCCCCCGCAGCCCCAGCGAGCCCAGUCUGGAAAGCGGUAGUGCAGGGUCAAGCAUUGCGCCUCCAUUCCCGGUUCCAAUCCGUCUCAGCUCACGUAACGUUCCUUUGACGGGCAGUGAUGGACCCCCAAGCCCGACUCGCUCCUCAGGUCGGCAAUUCUCUGACCGUGGUGCGCGCACAACAAUUGCACGUCAGCCCACAUUGCGCAGAGUACGCUCAGCGGCCGCUACAUCCCAGAGCAGCUUGGCGGAGCGCCCGGAAACUCUUUCGUCUCCGACUCGCUCUGAGUCUCCCUACACACUUGAUAGUCCUCCCUACCGCCCACCACCGCCUCUCCCAGUUGAUGAUAUCACAGCUCCUCGUCAGCGUCGGGACCCUGCGAAACGGGCCUCUCAUCGCCCCGCGGUGCCUUCUAUGAACUGGGAGCAGGAACGACGGGACUCAACCGGGGGCGUGCAGCCGACAAGUGUUGUUGACGCAAUUGCUCAGACCAUGGUGGGCGAGUGGAUGUUCAAGUACGUUCGCCGCCGCAAAUCGUUCGGCAUGGGAGAAUCUAAAGAUACCUGGGAGGGCCGAAACCCCGAUGAGGUAUCAGCCAACAUUACCAAUGGUGGAGUGCGUCAUAAGCGAUGGGUCUGGCUUGCACCCUACGAGGGCUCCAUCAUGUGGAGCAGCAAACAACCGACAAGCGGGCCUGCCUUGCUGGGCAAGACUGGUCGAAAGUUCACUAUCCAAUCCGUAUUGGAUGUUAAGGAUGACAACCCAUUGCCCAAGGGCACUGAAAAUACCAGUACAUUCAACCGCUCGAUUCUAGUCCUCACGCCACAGCGUGCUCUCAAAUUCACCGCACUUACCGUCGAACGCCACUACGUCUGGCUAACCGCCCUAUCAUUCCUCAGCCACUCUUCAAUGGGCCUACAAGAUCUAGCAUCACUCCCCCCGGCACCACAAGAGGAACCGGGAUCCUCCAUCCCUUCCCAAGCCACCUUGCGUCGCAACCCCAUCCGCGACUCGAUCCGAGUGGCCAAGGGUCGCCCGCGUCCCAUGCCCAAGGGCAAACGCUCCUUCCCGGGCACCGCAGAGCCGGUGCCAGAAAUACCUACCGGGGACCUCGAAAGCCUUAAUUCUAUGGCUGCCGAUGCACCGCAUGUCCCACGCUUCUCUAAUCAUAAUCACCAUAAUCGCAAGCGCAGUAACACUGCUCCCCGCCCUCCUGCCCUCCACGCUAUCCGCAGCUUUUCCAGCCAGGGUACCAUGCCCUCGUCCCACAGCGGCACCACGGUCGGUUCCGCAGAGCCUUACUUCUCGCCUGUCCCGCCACCGGGUCUCCCUCCCGGCAUUGGAAGUGGCCACAGUAUCACGAGUCGUCGUACGUCUGAGGCUAGUGGUCGUACCACUCAUACAACUGCGAGCAAUAUGUUUGAUAUGGGCACUGUGCGUAUGGAGGCUUUCAUUGACCACCAUGCGGAGCAGAUUAAUCGCCCGCGUGGUGUGCAGCCGCCUCGUGCACAGCACGUACGCAAACCCUCCAGUCAGUGGAGUCAAGGUCGCUAUGACUACGACGCGCCCUCUGUUAACGACAGUGAACUCUCUUAUCGACCCGAUGACCCUUUCCGUGGGUUUUAA